AUGUCUGCGGCUGAACAAAACACUGACCAGAAUGUCGAAAUCUGGAAGAUGAAGAAGCUCAUCAAAAAUCUGGAAGCCGCACGAGGUAACGGUACUUCCAUGAUUUCGCUUAUUCUUCCUCCCAAAUCCCAGAUUUCUCAAGCCGCGAAAAUGUUGGCUGAUGAAUAUGGUACUGCUUCUAACAUUAAGUCUCGUGUGAAUCGUUUGUCCGUCUUGUCGGCCAUUACUUCAACCCAGCAGCGUUUAAAAUUGUAUACACGAGUUCCUCCUAAUGGUUUGGUGGUGUACUGCGGUACCAUCGUGACGGAUGAAGGCAAGGAAAAGAAGGUCAAUAUCGAUUUUGAACCACAUAAGCCUAUCAACACAUCAUUGUACCUUUGCGAUAACAAAUUCCACACCGAAGCGUUAUCCGAAUUGCUCGAAGCGGAUGCUAAAUUUGGUUUUAUCAUCAUGGACGGUAACGGAUCGCUUUUCGGUUCUCUUUCCGGCAAUACGCGUGAAGUCAUUCACAAACUUCAAGUCGAUUUACCCAAGAAGCACGGUCGUGGUGGUCAGUCCGCUUUGCGUUUCUCUCGUCUUCGUGACGAAAAGCGUCACAACUACGUGCGUAAAGUUGCCGAGUUGGCCGUCAACUUCUUCAUUACCAAUGAUAAGGUGAACGUGGCCGGUCUCGUUUUGGCCGGUUCCGCCGAUUUCAAGACCGAAUUAUCACAGUCCGAUAUGUUCGAUUCUCGUUUGCAGGCAAAGGUCGUCAAGGUCGUCGAUGUAUCCUAUGGUGGUGAAAACGGUUUCAAUCAGGCCAUCGAAUUGUCCGCCGAAUCGUUGUCCAAUGUCAAGUUUGUUCAGGAGAAGAAGUUGAUCCAGGCCUACUUUGAUGAAAUUUCUCAGGAUACGGGCAAAUACUGUUUCGGUAUUGAUGACACCUUGAAGGCAUUGGAAUUGGGUGCAGUGGAAAGUUUGAUUGUAUGGGAAAAUUUGGAAACCAACCGUUAUGUGCUCCGUGAUGCCGCUGGUUCUGAGACCGUUUACCAUCCCACCAAGCAAGAAGAAAAGGAUCGCAAGUUCUUGUUGGAUACCAGUGCUGAAGCAGCACCCAACUCGGAAAUGGAGAUCGUCGAAGUCAAGCCUUUGCUUGAAUGGUUUGCUGAAAAGUACAAGGACUUUGGUGCGACACUUGAAUUUGUUACCAACCGAUCCCAGGAAGGUUCCCAAUUCGUCAAGGGCUUUGGUGGUAUCGGUGGUAUUCUGAGAUACCGCGUCAAUUUUGAACAACUGAAUUACGAAUCCGACGAGUUCUUCUCCGACGACGAUUAUAUUUAA